AUGGCUGUCAUGCUGGACAAGCCCAUUAAGGGCCAGCCCCGCGCGGCUGAUGACCAGAGCAUCAUCCCCGGAACAGUCACUGAUAUUUCGAAGGAUGCAGACGACGACGAUGCAAUCCUUCGGGCAAACGGCCAUCAGACGGCGAUGCCUCGCCAGUUCAACUGGCUCUCUGCUCUUGGACUGGGCUUUUCAAUCACCAACUCUUGGGUUGGCUAUCUAAGCUGUUUCGGCCAGAACCUGACAUAUGGUGGCGCUCAGACCUGUAUAUUCAGUCUGAUAGUAGCUUUCAUAGUUCAGUUUAUCGUGACCCUGGGACUCGCUGAGCUAGGGUCUGCCUUUCCUUCUAGCGGUGGGCAGUAUCACUUCUGCUAUAUCCUAAGCCCCGAAAGGACAAGGAGAUACAGUGCAUAUAUUGUUGGCUGGCUGUCAGUCUUAGCAUGGUGGAUUGUCACCUGCUCCGGUAUCUCCCUUGCUACCGUCGUUCUGAAUGGUAUUGUACACUUUUGCUCGCCUGGAUACAUUGCCAACCAGUGGCAGACAUAUCUUACCUAUGUUGGCGUGUCAGUUGUUACGAUCAUCCCAGUAUUUGCCGCCUCUAACAGAAUAUCACUCGUAACUCAGGUUGCGUUUUAUCUCUCGUUAUCAGGCUUCGUCAUCUUUCUUGUUGUUUCCAUCGUCAUGCACCAGCACAUGCAGCCACAAUCUUUUCUACUUCAAUCGGGGCAGGGAAACAGCGGGUGGAACGAAGGCACUGCCUGGUUACUGUCUAUAAGCAAUGCUAUGUACGCGUUUGGAGGUGUGGACGGAGUCAUUCACAUUUGUGAAGAAAUACCCAAGCCGGGAAAGCGAGUUCCGCAAAUCAUGGUAAUGACCAUGAUGAUAGGACUACUCACAUGUCUCCCAGUAUUCAUUGUCUUCAUGUAUUUUACCAUUGACAUGGAGGCAGUACGGGAGGCACCUCUCCCCAGUCUUGAGUUGGUAUACCAAAUAACUGGAAGCCGGAGUGUUACACUAGGGCUGUUUAUCCUAUUAUGGGUGAUUUAUGCCUUUUCGCUCCCAUCACAAUGGGUCAGUGGUGGGCGAGUUGCAUGGGCUUUCGCUCGUGAUAGAGGAACCCCCUUUUCGGAAUACUUCUCAAAGAUCAACGACAGGUUCAACUUCCCUGUGCGCACGACGGUAGUUGCCUUCCUAUUCAGCUGCCUAUACGGUCUUCUUUAUCUAGCUUCCACAACCGCAUUUAACUCUAUUAUCACUUCGGCAGUACUAUUUUUGAACAUCACUUAUACUAUACCCCAGGGUAUCCUCCUCACCCAAGGCCGUACAUGUCUGCCAAAAAGGUAUCUGAAACUUGGCUGGGUUGGAUACUUCUGCAAUGCUUUCUCAGUCCUCUGGAUUGUAGUGCUCGGUGUUCUGAUAUGCAUGCCGCCGAAUCUACCUGUUAGCCUGCAGUCCAUGAACUAUGUGUGUAUAAUCCUCCUCGGCGUUUUUACUCUUAUAAAUACUCUUUGGCUGUUCGUCGGAAGGAGAAGUUUUGAAGGGCCACACAUUGAUUGGAAUCUAGUACGCUCCAUAACUAAUUGA